CCGUUAUACACUGAGUGGACUUACCCAAGCUGCUUCUGCCGAGUCCCUUCAGUGCUUGAUUGUAACACAAAAGACUGAAGAUGGUGAACAAGACUACUCUCCUCCAAGCCUUCGCCAUUCUGGUGCUUCCGGUGUUUUUGGUGACAGUGAUCUUCAACAUCCUCGCCGGUCUCCCAGACACAGGUGCUUUCGUGUUUCUGACCACAACUACCGCAAUCUCUGACCGGUUCAUCUCACAAAUAACACCCGUCGGCUUUACAUUCAUCAUCUGGGGCCUGAUAUACGUCUGGCAGCUCGUGUGGAUCAUCUACGAGCUGACCCUUCUCUGCCGGAAGUCGGCCUCGGGGGAACCCCUCUAUCUAAAACCGAUCCUCCUGCCGACAGCAUUCUUCGGCAUCUACAUCCUCAGCCUCGUCCUCAAUGUGUUCUGGUUGUUCAUGUUCGACCGAGAGUUAAUAGGACUGGCAUUCGUGGCUCUUGCUGGCAUCUCAGUCACUCUCUACAUCUGCCUCGGCCUGUCCUACCUAGCUAUGUACAAGAACAGGUUCAUCCUGUCCAAUCAAAGUCGGAGGGUAGAUAUUGUCCUCAUCUCUAUAUUUGUCCACAAUGGUCUGGCCCUGUACGCCGCAUGGACAACUGUGGCCACCAUCAUCAACAUGGCCAUCGUCAUCACCUACCAGUCUCUGCCCCCAAUUGACCCGGGUACUGCCUCAACCAUUGCUCUCGGCUUCCUGGCAGCUGUCAUCAUCAUCUACGUGGCCGUCGACCUCUCCGUAUUUGACAAGUAUACCCGCUACACCUUCACGCCCUAUCCUGUCGUCAUCUGGGCGUUUGUGGGCAUCAUUGCGAGAGGCUAUAAUUUGCUUGACGUUAAUACUAUCUUUGUCCUUGUCCUGUUGGCACUGACUGUGGUGGCUUUCCUUGUGAAGAUCGCAUUAGCCAUCUACAGAGCAAUGACACAGCCGCUGUUUCCUCCUCCUGGGUCCGGGCCCGAUGAGACCAAGGUAGAAGAGGUGACUCCGGAGGAAGACAUGGAGAAGGCGACCACCACUGUGGAGCCCUCGGUCACAGCGAAUGAGGUUGAACAUGGGUAGAGUGAACAUGGAACUGAUGACUUGAAACCAGUUUUAGGGAUUAUCAAUGACAAUUUCUGCUAACUUGACUUCGGCAACAUCCAAGUCUCACGAUUCAGAUGACUAAAUUAGUCCCAAGACCAGUCGUGUCGGGUGGUGGUAUAUAUUCGUUUCUUAGUGCAGGUGCCCUUUGAUAUAACUAUGAGAUAAGACACUUGAUCAAGUGAACACGACGUUCUUUUUGACAGGGUUGCUAUCAUGAGUGGUGAUAGCUCACUUGAAUGAUCCUCAAAUUUAGAUCUACGCUUUUUCUUUAAUAUGUCUCUGCAUAUAGAUAUUUUAAUGUUGAUUAUAUUGUUAUAUUUGCCACCAUCUUGAAAGACAUUUUCACUCACUUGCAAUUAUUAAAUAUAAUUAUCGUAAUAUAUAAUAACUAUGAAUGCCAUUAAAAACAUAUAGUUCGGUAUUUUCAGACAGUAUUAAUAGACUGUCCAAGCCUAAUAUUUAAGGAAAAAUAGAGUUGUAUUAUUUACUUCUUGAUUUUUAACAUUAUUUGUGUCCCUUAAUGUAUUCAUUCCGGUCGAGAUUCAGGGAAGAAUUAGUCCCCUCUCUCCCGUGCGUGUCAUAGGAGGAGACCGCAACUGCAAGAGAGGAUCAGUUGGUCAGUUUCGGUGGCUGUUCAGAGCGUGUCGUCGUACGACCACAAGUCGUUGCUGAUGUAUUCAGUCACUCACUUAUCAUAAGAGACCCCCGAAAAAUAGCUAUGACAUUGCUGAUUGCGGCGAAAAACAACGGUCAUACACUUAUGUAUAUGUGAGCUUUUGUGUAUUUAGAUAUGAAUGUCCUUUGUAGCCUUGAGCAUAGAGCAGGGAUUGCCGAGUGAUCGAGGGUGACAUAUUCCUUGUGCCGAGUUGCCUCCUUGGCUCGCUGACCGCUCUUCAGAAUCCAACAUCAGUGAUUUUGCAGCUGAAUAUCAAACGUCACCAGAGACGUAAACGUCUAUGAUCUGCGUUCCUUGAGUUUCGAUCUCAUAACGGUGAGAUGUGGGGAUAUAUUCUUUUCAAUCUCACUGAAUAUUAACCUGACACUUCCCCGGCCGCGUCAUACCAAAAUACAUUAAAAUAUAGUACUUGUUGUUACCCUGCCUGGCGAAUUAAAGGGCUAAAACAAGGACUGGUCGGUCGGAGUCAGUAUACUGCGUCUGAGUGGUGUUUCAUGUUUAACUGCAGCAUGGUGUCUCAGUGGGUUAGCACUUUCAAAUCGACAUACUUCCUGACUAGCGCAGGCAUAUACACACACACAGGCACACGUCGCUAUAUAUGUGCAAUAAUAUCGGACGCAACGUUAAACGUUAAUUAGGAAAAGACUCAGAAUAUAAAGAGUAAAGAUUUUAGUCAAAUAUGUUAAAAUUAUAUAUACAGAUUCGAACAUCCUAACUGUUAACAGAUAAAUAUAAAUACCCUUCUAUUACAAAAACAAUACAAUUACAAUAUGUAAAAAAUAUGAGAAAUAAAUCAAACUAGAAAAUCAGUUCUUGAUCAUGAGUUGAACACCUGGCAGAUAGUCACACUUCAAAUCAUUAAAUACAUAUUUCGCACAUCUUAAUAUGUACCAUGUAUAUGUUAUUGUGUUGUCAGGCUUGUUCUGAGAACAGAACAUGCUUCAAAGAAGGGCGAUAACUCGUGUUGUUGAGAUUGUAUCUAACACGUUACUGGCAAAUCGUUUCUUGUGAACAAAGUGUUAAACAAACUGGGAAUAUAAUAUAAAUGCGACUUUGUCUCCUGGUACUCAAAUAGAGCUUUUCGCAGGUAUGAAAGAAACACUGCCAGUGUUGACUAGCUGGUUCUUUCAGCAAUUUACUGGCAUUUAAUAAAUCGUCUC